UUUAAAAAUGGGGAAAGAAUCCUUUUUGAAACUACUGAUAAUUUGCGUCGUUUUGGGGCAAGGAAUUGUAGUCUCCGCUGCAGAGAAUAUAGAUGCGUCAUCAGCUCUUCUUCUUCGUCAAAAGCGUGCGUCUUCUUCGUCUGGCAAAGGAAAAGAAAAAUUGAUAGAAGAGACUGCUUCAAUUACUUUAUCAGAACCUAAAAGAGGAUACUUGCAACCGCCGCUUCCCGGUGUUCCGGUGGGAACGUACAAUCCUGGCCGAUGGGAAGGACGCCUUGAUCCCGGCAUGCUCCGGAUUUACCAAGGUAACAAAGAGAUUGGCAUUGGCGUUAUGACAAGCGAAAGUGUCUUCGUAACGAAAGCUCAUCUUCUUCCUGAUAAAGUUCAUCUUGGAGCUUAUCAUGUUGAAUACGCUGACAGAUAUGGAGAAACCGUUAGCCGGGAUAUAUACAAUGUAAGAAAGAAACACAAAUUCAGAACAGUACCACAAGAUGCUUGGGGGCCAGACGAUGUUUCCUUUGUUACCGUGCUUUGUGACAUCGAGGGACCAUUCCUGCCAGUGGUAAAACCUGCAUCAAUAGUUCUUCAGAAAUCAAGGCUCUUUACAACCAAACAAAUUAUUUGGAUUCAAAAAAGAACAGCUUGCUCCGACCUCCCCAAUCGCGCGUUCUGA